AUGCAUUCAAUCGCUCUUCUCCUUCCCUUUCUCUGGUUCGCAGCCGUCUCCAAUUCCUUAACCCCCCUUCCUUCUCCUCUCUUCCCUUCCCACAAUCUCACUUUCUACGGCGAAGCCCAUUUCAGAAACGGCGCCAUUAGCCUCACUCAAGACCGCCGCCUUUGCUCUUCUUCUAGGUCACCCUCUCCCUCCGCCGCCGCCGACGUGGGCAGAGCUCUCUAUUCCCGGCCGUUCCGCUUCCUUGAUCCCAAGACCAACACCGCCGCUUCUUUCUCCACCCGAUUCAUCUUUUCCAUCAUCCACCAAUCGCCUCUCUGCCCUCCCGCCUCCGACGGCCUCGCCUUCUUGAUCACUUCCAGCCCUAAUUCCUUCAGCCUCUCCCCUGGAUUCAUCGGACUCCCCGGCCCGGCCUUAAACCCUAGAGACUCCUUCGUCGCCGUCGAAUUCGACACCCACUACGACGCCUCCCUCCACGACCCUUCCGACAACCACAUCGGAAUCGACAUCAACUCCGUCGUCUCCUCCGCCACUGCCGCUGCCGCCAGUGGAGGCAUCGAUCUGAGAAGCGGGAAGGAAAUCACGGCGUGGAUUGAAUACUCCGAUCCGGAGAAAUCGGUCCAAGUAUGGUUGAGUUACUCGCAGAGCAGGCCGCCGAAUCCAAUCCUUGUGGCGAAGCUCGAUCUGGGUGAACAUUUCAAGGAGUUCAUGUUCGUAGGGUUCUCUGCUUCCAACGGCCGCGGCGGCUCCGCCGUUCACCUUGUCAGCCAUUGGAGGCUCAAUACCAAUGGCUACCUUUCCUCAGCCUUCGAGCAAGGUAAUAACUGCAUCAUUUGCUCCUCUUCUGAUUACGAUCACCCAUCGACUGUAAUCACCAAUCGCGUAGAUGGAAAGAGGGCAGGCAAAGUAGAAAUCUUUCUGGGUUUAGCAGGGUUAGGUGCUUUAGCCAUAUCCAUGAUCUUGGUUCUGGCUGUGAGCUUUCGUUGCUUGCUUAGUCGAAAGAAGAGAAAAGUUAGAAGAACAACAUUGAUUCAUGGCACCAAAGUCGAUUCUGUUCCUUCCAGGCUAUCGAUCUCCGAGAUAACAUCUGCCACGAUGGGAUUCAGUAGUGCUAGAAUUGUAGGUGAAGGAGCUUCUGCAACUGUCUACAAAGGCUCUCUGCCUUCUUCAGGUGCUGCAGUAGCUAUCAAGCGGUUCAAUAGAGCCGAGAGUGUCGAUUGCAUUCGUAACCCAUUCGUCACUGAAUUUGCUACAAUGGCUGGUUGCUUAAAGCACAAGAAUUUAGUCCAGCUUCAAGGAUGGUGCUGUGAAGGAACUGAACUGGCCUUGGUUUAUGAGUACUUUCCUAAUGGAAGCCUAGACAAAGUCCUCCACGAAACAACUUCAGCAUCAGCAUCAUCACCAUCACCAUCACCAGCUGUCAUUCUGUCAUGGAAGCAAAGGAUGAACAUACUGCUGGGAGUCGCUUCAGGUCUCUCGUACUUGCACGAGGAAUGCGAGAGGCAGAUCAUUCACAGGGACGUGAAGUCCUGCAACAUCCUCCUCGAUUCCGAGUUCAAUGCCAAGCUUGGAGAUUUCGGGCUGGCAGAAGUCUACGAGCAUAGCUCGAUCACGAGAGAAUCAACCAUCCCAGCUGGGACAAUGGGUUACCUCGCACCCGAGUAUGUCUACUGUGGUAUUCCUACACAGAAGACAGAUGUGUACAGCUAUGGAGUGGUGAUUCUGGAAGUGGCUACUGGAAGAAGGCCCGUGGAUGAAGGUGGGAAAUUCGUGCUGGUGGAUUGGGUGUGGGGGUGUUGGGAGAGAGGGAAGCUGAUGGAAGCUGCUGAUGAGAAGCUGAAAGGUGAGUUCAGUGUUGUGGAGAUGGAAAGGGUGCUGAUCAUUGGAGUGGCUUGUGUUCAUCCGAAUCCGGAGAGGAGGCCGAGUGUUCAACAUGCUGCUAGGGUUCUGAGAGGGGAAGCUCCAUUGCCUGUCUUGCCGCCGAGGAAGCCCAAAGUUGGGUUUCAGUAUGGUGUGACUGAAGAGGAUGGUGGUGGGAUGGCUGUGAGUCAGCAGGGAGAUCAGAGCCCUGAUGAGAUGAUGUGGAUGACUCCCAGGAGCCAUUUUGGAUGA